CAGCUUUGCCACCUUUACCUUUCCAUGAUACACCAGACCAACUUCUUUAGGGAAGAAAAGGUCCAAAAAUACAACAUCAAGUGCUGGGACAGGAGGACUAACAAGGUAAAUCUGACAGACUGUACGGGUCCGUUGGCUGAGAGCGACUGUACUGUAGGCCGACAUACAGAACACCUCCAUCUAACUGGACGUGUCUUCCAGGGUAUCUUGGGUCCUCCUGUCCCAGGUACUUCUGGGGGAAAAAUCAUGAUUAAAAAAUUGCUACUUCGAUUGAAAAGGUUGUUGGAGCCGAGGCCGCGGCCGUGGAUCAGCAGAGAUGAAAAUGACAACAUCAAGAUUAUUGAUUUGAGUGAGAGGGAAACAAGUGUUAAAAUUAUAAUUGAACGAUUUUUUUCUUAUUAUUUUUAUUAUUAUUUCUUUCCUCAAUAUUCCUCUUUUUCUAAAAAUCAGAAUAUAUCUUCUAAAAUUUCAGAGUUUAUAAAAUAUUUUGAAUUGGAUAAAAAUCAAUUAAUUCGCAGCCAGUCUGGAUUUGCAGUGACUGAAUGUGAAACAGGACCGCCUGUAUUAAUUGGACCCUUUAAGCCAGAAAAUGUUUCCAACACGAAGCUUCCUGAUAUAAUCCACAGCGAAGAUCAAUGCAUUGGUCACAUAGAAGAAACAAUUAAAGGCAAAGAGCACACGAUAAAGGCUAUUUAUAUAUUUACAAAAUACAGUCCCUGUUUAGGCAGAAAAGAUCAUGAUCCCUGUAUGAUCCAGCUAGCUCGAUUCUCUGAAAAAAUGUUUUAUCAUCAUAAAAUAAAGGUUUACGUUUUUUUCCAGGACAUUUAUGGUUUAUCGGGGAAUUUAGUAAACGAACUAAGGAAAUUGAGCCGUGAACAAGAUCCUUUAAUUAAAAACCCACUAUUACAGUUAAAAGAAAUGAUUAACAAACAACAGCGUAGAUCAAAAUUCAAAUAUUCAAAAGAAGAUCAAGAUGAGAAAUUACAAAUAAAAAACAGUUCAAUGAUCAAAAAGUAUAUCACAACAGAAAUUAAGAAAAUAACAGAUGAAAAAAGUUGGAAGUUCAUCUCUUCUCUACAUCAAGUUAAAAUUGAAUUUCCUAGUGACGAAAUGACAUUAGAUGAGUUUGAGAACUUUGGAAAAGAACAGGCUGAAAAAAUAAAGAUACAGCUGAAACAACUGAAUGUUAGUGAAGAAAUAAGUGAAAUAAUAUGUUCACUUUUUCAUUCUAAAUGGUGUGAUCUGAUUAAUGACAGACAUGAAGAGUUUAUAUAUGAGAGGCUCAGUGAAUGCAUUAAUACAUUUGCUGUUCAUUUUGCUGUUCAGGAUAUAAAGGCCGUCACAAAACAUUUCAAUCUGAUAAGAAUAAAUUUAGAAUAAUUACAGUGCAUGUGAUUUAUUACUAUACAAAUAGUUGUUCUGCUUUGGGUUGGGGCUUUCACUGUGUAAUGUUGUGUUGUGUAAAGGCUCUGUAGUGUCUCAUUGUUUUGCAUUUGUGAGUAUUUCUCUGUGAUCAUCUCCAUAAAUCCACCUGAGAGAUGAGAUGUUUGCAUCUACAGACUCAAGACACUGUCAGAAUGGAGAUUCUCCAGUUUAACGCCUGUUAAAACACCUGCUCAAUGUCAACAGACACACAACUGUAUCUAUUCAAUAAAUC